CUGCACAAAUCACGUGUGCUAGCUACACACACACAAAAGUACAAAUAACUUUACAGUGCAAAGGUCAUCAUCCUGAUCAUGUCAUUCAGAUUUAAUAUGUAAUAUGUACAAUUAAUACUCCCGCACUUGCAGUGUGGACUUUGUAUCUGUAUAUGUGCUUUUUAUAACAGAGAAAGGAAACUGCAUAAGGACACUGCCAGGUAUUCAUUAACGAAGAACAGUCAACAUGGGUAGGCUAGACGGGAAAGUGGCAGUGACCACAGCGGCUGCCCAAGGCAUUGGCAGGGCUACAGCUGAGACAUUUGCAAGAGAAGGUGCCAGGGUCAUCGCGACGGACAUCAACGUGGAGAAGUUGAAAGAGCUGGAAGCAAUACCAGGAAUUGAGAUUCGAAAGCUGGAUGUGACGGACAAUGAAGCAAUCAAGGCCUUGGCUGCCGAGAUAGGACACGUCGACAUUCUCUUCAACUGUGCAGGCUUUGUCUUCCAUGGAACCAUUUUGGAGACAACAGAGAAGGAUUUUGACUUCUCCAUGAACCUGAACAUGAAGUCCAUGUUCAACAUGAUCAAGGCGUUCCUGCCCAAGAUGAUUGAAAAGAAGUCGGGCAGUAUUGUCAACAUGGCUUCUGUAUGCUCCAGUCUUAAAGGAAGUGGGAGUCGAUGCAUCUACGGAACAACCAAAGCAGCUAUUAUUGGGAUGUCGAAAUCCGUUGCAUGUGACUUCAUAAAGGAUGGUAUUCGCUGUAACUGCAUUGCUCCUGGAACUGUGGACACACCAUCGUUGCGUGAAAGGAUGGGUCAGAUGGGGGACCCAGAGAAGGGUAUGGAAUUCUUUAUGAGGCGCCAACCUACUGGCCGCCUUGGGACGGCCCAGGAAGUGGCAAACAUUGCACUGUUCCUCGCGUCAGAUGAGGCAAGUUUUGUGACAGGCACCGAGUAUAAAGUGGACGGCGGAUGGAGCAUCUGAGUUUUUCCUACCUGAUUCGUCUCAGUAGAUCUUUUUCAUGCUGCCACCAUUUCAGUCAUGUUCCCUGUAUCCAAUAACAGUAAUGCAUAAUGUUUGUUUGUGCAAAAAGGAACCAGACUGUUUUUCCUUCCAGCCUCGCAUUGGUUCCUUUGAUUUGAAUGGGGAAAAUUCACGAGGGCCGCAACAUGAUAAUGGUCUAUGAAUGUUGGCCAUUAAUUGGUAUUUCAUUAAAUUGGGUUUGGUUUAUAAGUUGCAGAUCUUAUAUAAUCGUGGUACAUUUAAAUUUUCUAAUUGAACUCAGGAAUUCAAUUUUACUAUAUUUCUUACUUGUUUUUUUCCUCAGCGCUUACAGUUUAAAAACAAAAUCCUCCAAAAUAAAUUAAA